AUGGGCGAGCAUAAUCUCCUUAAUCCAGGGUUUGUGGGACCUUUGGUAAACAUCCACACUGGAGACACAUUUUACUUUCCGAAUUUUAGAGCCUCAGGGGGACAACUGGCGGGGCUACCGUCUCUCUCCUACCCGAGAAGGGACAAUGUUUGCUCCCUCCCGUGGAAUCCUUCGGAGCCGUGCAAUGGAUACUCUCAAUCCUACUUUAGCAGCCCCGUGUCUAUUAACCCUUCCUUCAAUCGGUCGUGUGAAAUUACCAGACCAGAAGACGGUAAAUGUUAUUACAACAACGGCAACGGGAACAGGGAGACCUGUUCAGGUGGCAGCAGCCUCAAACGAGAGGAUAGGGCGAGAGACACAUCAUCCCUAACAUCUGACCACGGGAUGCACAGUGGAAUUGGCAGCAGUGCCGCCUUUUCCAAAUAUGAUUAUGGGACCGAGCAGCUAACGCAAGACCCGCCAUCCUGUCAGUCAAUGGAGUCCGACUCCAGCUCCUCUCUGCUCAACGAGGGCAGCAAGCCUUCAUCCAGCGACACACAGACCCUGGUGUCACCGGGAAGCCAUUCAAGCAACAUAGCCGCAGGCGGAGGUGCCCCGUGGUACCCAAUGCACACUCGGACCAGAAAGAAGCGCAAACCUUAUUCCAAACUUCAGCUGGCUGAGCUAGAAGGUGAAUUCAUGCUGAAUGAGUUCAUCACCAGGCAGCGGCGGAGGGAGCUCUCCGAUCGUCUGAACCUCAGCGACCAACAAGUCAAGAUCUGGUUCCAGAACCGCAGGAUGAAGAAGAAGAGACUCAUGCUGAGGGAGCAAGCUUUGGCCUACUUUUAGAGAUGCGGCAGAAGGUGAAUCAAUAGGCAGUAAAAGCCAAGCCUUCUACGCUCCCUUAGGUCUUCUUUCAAUGCAUGCACUCAUAUAUCCAUCUUUUACAUUGCGGGCAAUUUUUACAUAUUUUUUUCCUCAAUGGUGCGGGCUGCAAAAGCCCAAAACAAGCCACUUUCUGUCAUCCAAAGCUGCACUCUAUAUGUCAGUGAGCCUCCAUGUUUGGCAUAAUCGCACAAAAAGCUGUGAGAAUGUGUUUUCUGUGUAGGUUGGUUUUUCUGAUCUGUUAACAGAUUGUACGCCAUAAUUGUGUAGGUCACGCGAAACCUGUCUCCCAAAAAAUAUCUUUUUGGGAUGACACAUAGUGACAACGGUCUUUUUAUUAUUUUUUUUAGUCAGAAAAAAAUAAGUCGGGAGCGGGUUCACUUGGUAAAUUCCUAAAUAGGGUUUAAAAAACAAUAAUAAGAGAAGUCUGAUAGAGAAGCUUGGAGCGCAUCCGCGCGACAUUUUCUCUGAAGUUCUGAACUGAUAAAAAACAAUCUCCCUCUCAGUUGCUUUAACUUCCACAGCUAUUAUUUGUUGCGUUCAAGGAGCAUCAUCUUUGUCUCAUUUCUGUAGUUUUCGCCAAGUUUGUGAGCACGUUCACGGUCACGGGCAGGAGAUGUGGAAGUCUGGAGUCUGCAUGAGGAGAGGCAGGACUAAGACCGCAAUGUAAUCUAUAUGAUAUCUUUAUGACUGCGCAUUGAAAAAUUAACUGACAUGACUGUCCAUGUGCGAACAAGUUUCUAAAGGUAUUUUGCGUUACUUUUAUUACCUUUCAACUUGUCUUAACAACAACCACUGAAUCCUGCAUGGGUUUCAUUUCUUUCGUUGAGUGAGAUCACCGUUUGAAAACGGCUUUGAGCUGCUAUUAAAAAGUCCACGUCCAGACUGUGCCAGUGAAAAAAGAAACAGUGUAAUCUACAAUAAACAAGGAUCACAAGGAUCUGUAAUGGAAAGACUCCACAGUAUAACUACAUUAGUAUAUCUAUAACAACUACUCAGUUAAAAAAGGGAACCACCUAAAACAGGAGGGGGAUGCGUUCUCUGAGGCCUGAAAGAGCAUUUCUGA